AUGGAACAACAGAAACAGAGAGAUGCGAAACAGAGAAUUCACGUAGGGGCUGUCUAUGCUGUUGUUUUUGGGUGGUUUACCUAUCGGUUGAGUAAGCACAUCGGUUAUGAGGGAGCUGUUGGUGUGGCGGCCAUGGUUGUCGGUAUUACCAUGAUAAUACUGCUUGGUGAGCUGGAUAAGGAGAAAAAGAAAAGGAGGCUCGUGAGGGAGGCACGGUUAAGGCAGCUCGAGAUGGAGGGAAGAUUAAGAGGAGUAGCGCUAUACGACGAUGAGUACGAGCUCCUUGGAGGAGAAGACGAUCUCUAUCUCGAGGUGCCAUCACUUUUCCGAAAUGUCAUCUGCUCAUCGGUUUUCUGCUGGUUUGGUCCGACUACCAUUCCGGUAACACUGUUUUCCACUUUGUUGAGAAGUUUUUCAAGCGUCUGA